AUGACGACCUCGAAUCAGAACGUCGAUAGCCUCGACUCCCUCCUCGACUUCAGCGAGUACGACAACAUGUCCUACCAGUCCCCAUCGCUGUCCCCCGCCGUUACCUCAAAGAACACCUUCACUCGCCCCUCGGUCAGCACCGUCGCGACCCCGACCAUGCCCUCGGCAUCACAGCCCCUUACUGGCCCGAGCCACCAGUACGAUCUCUACAAGCAGCAGACGGGCAUCGUGCCUGGUGCCCUCGCCAGCACUCUGGCCGUGAAUGAGGUGAACCCCCACAUCAGCGGCUACAACAGCAGUUAUGGCAUGGAAUAUCUCGGCGCCGGCUUGAGCCCCGAGAACGACUUGUUCGACUUCAACACUUCCCCUUCCCAGAACUCUACCGGUCUCGACAUGGACAUGGAGUUCGAGUCUCCUCCCGACUCCCAGUACUUCUUCCCCAACCCUACGGUCAACCCCUCGGCCAUCGCUGGCCAAGAGUCGCCUGUGGUGCCUUCCCAGCAGAGCAACGUUGGCAGACUCUGGCCUGGCAUGCACUCCCAGGCUGCCCUCGCCAAAGCCCAGGCCCAGCAGAGGCAACAGCAGCAGAUCAUCCAGCAGCAGCAGCAGCGCCACCAGCAGAUGAGCAACAAGCCGCGUACCAAGAGCCAGCAGCCCACCGACCCCAUCGUCGAACAAAAGAUCACUCAGCUUCUCAACUCUAUGCGUGCUAAGCCCGCUCAGGAGGGUGACAGCCCCACUCCCCUCAUGAACCUACCCCGGUCCAAGAAGGACGAGGAGGACAUGGACGAGGACGAGAGACUUCUCGCCAGCGAGGAGGGCAAGAAGCUCAGCAGCAAGGAGCGUCGACAGCUUCGCAACAAGGUUUCCGCACGUGCUUUCCGUUCCCGCAGAAAGGAAUACAUCACCCAGCUCGAGGCCGAGAUUGCCAACAAGGUCUCUGAGAACGGCGACCUCCGUGUUCACAACCGCGCUCUCCAGGACGAGAACAAGCGCCUGCAGGACCUCACCCGCAUGCUUCUCGCUUCGCCAUCCUUUUCCAACUUUCUCGACCAUCUGAGCACCAACCCCCAGGCUGCUCCCCAGCCCGCCGCUGCUGUCAAGGUUGAGAGGCAGCCCGAGCAGCGUCAGAUCCCCAAGGACAUCAACCCCUACGCCAACCAGGGCCAGCAGCAGCAGCAGCAGAUUGGUAUGGCGAUGGUUCCGGAGCAGAACAUGGACUUCGCCAUGCUCAACAUCGAUAACGAUGCCUACAACUUCCAACCCCAGGUCUUCGCUGUCCUCGAGACUCCUGACGUCCCUGUCACCAUCGACUCCAACGUCCUCUCUGGCAAGUCUUCUAACUUUGUUGGUGAGAAGUUCGAAUCGGAUGACGAGAAGAUCGACAUCCCCGCCAUUGAGGCGCCCAAGACUCUUGCUCCCGAGAUCCCGUCUCAAACCCCCGCCGAGACGGAGGUCUUUGACGACGAGUUCGAGAACGACCCUGAGUUUGCCCUGUACCAUUCUUCCCCCGCACUUUCCGCCGAAGGCCCCGUCGAACUGGACACGGAAGGCUUCUCCCACAUUGACAUUUUCGGCGGCGUCGAGACGGAGAAGGUCCUUGCCCGCUACGAUCUUGUUGAUGCCUCGGAAGAGGAGCAAAACGCCUGUGUCGCCAUGGCCAGGGUGCAACGCCUCUCAGCCAGCCUGGAACCCGUCCUCGCAAGAUUAGAGUCGCUCGUUCUCUAG